CGGUCAACACUCAACAAAUUCCACCCCUACAUAUUCACCUCCAUUCAUCACUUUUUCCCAUCAUCUCCAACAACAAAAAAACAUGAACCUCAUUCCAAUCCUCUUCCUCCUCCUCGUACUGCCGGCCGCCGUGAUCCCCAUCGGCGUCAACUACGGCACUCUGGGCAACAACCUCCCAUCCCACACCGAAGUCGCCAACUUCCUCAAAACCCGCACAAUCAUCGACCGCGUCAAAAUCUUCGACACCAACCCCGACAUCAUCAAAGCCUUCGCCAACACCAACAUCCUCGUAACCGUCACUGUCCCUAACGGCGACAUCCCCUCUUUAACCAACCCCCGUAACGCCAUCCGUUGGGUCAACACCCACAUCAAACCCUAUCACCCAGCAACCAAAUUCCACUACAUCUGUGUCGGCACUGAGGUUCUCCACUGGGGCCCGCAGAACCUCGUGGAUAACCUCGUACCUGCGAUGAAGGUGUUACAUGCGGCGUUGGUGAAAACUGGGAUGAGUGAUGUUAAGGUUUCGAGCCCGCAUUCGCUUGGGAUUUUGUUGGAGUCUAACCCGCCGAGUAAUGCGUCGUUUAGACCCGGGUGGGAUGUGGGUAAUCUUGCCCCGAUGUUGCAGUUUUUGAGGAAGACAAAAGCUGGGUUUAUGGUUAAUCCGUAUACGUAUUUUGGGUAUUCUCCCAAGUAUGAGGAUUUUUGCUUGUUUAAACCUAAUGGUGGAUUGUUUGAUAAAGCUACCGGAAAAAGGUAUACGAACCAGUUUGAUCAACUAAUGGACGCGGUAUACGUUUCAAUGAAAAAGUUGGGGUACCCAGAUGUGGAAAUAAUUGUAGCAGAGACAGGGUGGCCAUCAGGUGGGGACCCACAAAACACGCAUGCGAAUCCUGUGAAUGCGGCGGCGUACAACGGUGGUUUGUUGAAAAAAGUGACUUCCGGCGCCGGAACACCGUUGAUGCCCGGAAGAAAGUUCGAGACAUACAUAUUUUCGCUGUUUAAUGAGAAUCUGAAAGGGCCGUCGUUGGAUGAGCAGAAUUUUGGGCUUUUUAGACCGGAUUUUACCCAAGUGUAUGAUAUCGGGAUCUUGCGGGGACCACAGGAAUUACCAACAGGCCCAUCAGGCCCAUCACCAAAGCCUGCAGCACCGGCCCAAGGAAAGAAGUGGUGUGUACCUAAAUCAAAUGCAACUCCUGCUGCACUCCAGUCCAACAUAGACUAUGUCUGCAGUCAUGGUACGGAUUGCAGGCCCAUUCAGGCUGGCGGGGCCUGCUUUCAGCCCAAUAAUGUUCGGGCUCAUGCGGCGUUCGUUAUGAACUCUUUCUAUCAGUCCAAUGGCCGUCACGACUUUAAUUGUGAUUUUGCUCAAACCGGUGUCAUCACCUUCACCGAUCCAAGUAAUGGCUCGUGUAAGUAUCGUGCUUAAGCUAGGGAUGAACAAAACAACAAGACAACGAGGAUUGAACAAGGGCAGGAGAGGGCAUGCAAUUGUUUUGUUGAGGUUGUGAUUGAUUAUUCUUUUGUUGUAACAUCUAAUCUAUUGAGCUUAUGAUGCCCAAAUAGUAUCUUUAUUUAAUCAUCAUGCAUCCCCUUUAGGAUUUAUUUUGGUCA